AUGGUCAUUCAACAACCUUCCAACCAGAUCAAGCUCACCAACGUGUCGUUGGUACGCCUAAAAAAGGGCAAGAAGCGCUUUGAGAUUGCCUGUUAUAAAAACAAGGUCCUAGAAUGGCGCUCAGGAAUCGAAACAGACCUUGAUAACGUGCUGCAAAUCCCGUCGGUCUUCCUCAACGUGUCCAAGGGCCAAACGGCGCCGUCGGCCGAGCUGGCCAAGGCCUUUGGCAAGGGCGUCUCGGUUGAUGACAUUAUUCUCGAGAUCCUACGCAAGGGCGAGCUGCAGGUCGGCGAGAAGGAACGCAGUGCCCAGCUCGAGCGAGUCCACAACGAGGUCGUCUCCAUCGUCGCGAGCCGGCUCGUCGACCCACGCACGAAGCGUGUUUACACCUCCGGCAUGAUUGAGAAGGCUUUGGACAUGCUCAGCUCGAUGGCACACCAGCAACAGUCACAACCACAAUCACAACAAGAAAAGCCUUCUACAAACCCCAUCACACCCAACCUACUAGGCACACCGGCCACGAACGAACCGGGCGAGAGCAAACCCAACGCCACAUCCACAAUCUCCUCAACAGCGCCAUCACAAUCAUCCUCAACAACAACAUCGACAACAACAACACACCACAAAACCGCCACCUGGACAGGCGUUACCACGACCAAGAGUGCCAAAUCCCAAGCCCUCGACGCCAUGCGCGCCCUGAUCGCCCAUCAACCCAUACCCGUCGCGCGGGCACGCAUGCGCCUGCGCAUCACCUGCUCCACCAGCGUACUCAAGCAGGCCGUCAAGGCACCCAAGACACCUGCCCCGUCCGGAGGGAAGAACACAGAUGACGGAGAGGCAGGCGGGGAACAGAAGGCGCCUGGGACAGUCAAGGACAAGAUCUUGAGUUUCAUCGAGCAGGUCGAGACGCAGGACGUGGUGGGCUCGGAGUGGGAGAUUGUUGGGUUUGUGGAGCCGGGGGCGUUUAAGGGGUUGUCGGACUUUGUGGGCGGGGAGACGAGAGGGCAGGGGAGGGUGGAGGUGUUGGAUAUGGCUGUUACGCAUGAAGAGUGA